AGCCUGAAAUGAAGUAUCGAGCCACCAAAACUUCCCCAGCAAAGAUGAACAACUCAGCAGGAAAAGCCCCGGUAAAAUCUACUAGGUUGAGAAAAUCUCAACAGAAGACCAAAGAAGUUUGCCAGGUGUACUUUAUGAAGCUACGCUCUGGAAAAGAAAAAAAGUCAUUUUACGUUAGGAAAGAAACCACCACGAGUAGUUCACCAAAAACAGCUGGAAAUUACAAAGAGCCACAUCUGGUGUUCACUGCCUGUCAGAAGCACCUGGAAGACCUUGAACGAUCUGCGGAGGCCUUCGCCUUUGAUAUACCUAUGGUCCAGAAACAUACUAGAACAAUUAAUGAUUCAAGUAUCCAAGAACGUUCUUUUUGCCUGAGCACAUACAACAAUCAAGCCAUUACUUUUGCUCAUGUGGAUGGAAGUUAUGAGAUCUAUGUUGAAGAUGAGAGAAAAGAACAAAAGAAAGACAAAGUUUUAUUCCGUUUCUACGAUUCACAACCAUCUGAAAGUGAAACAGGUGAUAGUGUUGAUGGUCAGAAAUCAAUGGUAAGCCUGAGUCCUACAAAAGACAAAGCCGUCUUGCUGCAUGCCAACAACGAGGAGGACUCUGUGGAGCUACAGAAAUGUGAAAAUCUGUUGCCAGACCAGACCUUCUUUUUUCUUCAUACGGAGCCUGGGCCCUCCACAUGUGUUUCAUUUGAAUGUAAGAGCAAUCCUGGAGUGUAUAUAGGUGUAAAGGAUAACCAUCUUGCUCUAAUUAAAUUAAAGGACCAAUCUGAGCAUUCAAGAGAGAAUAUCAAAUUUAAGGUCUCUUAAACUUAAUGUGUUGGAAAGCUGUGGAUCCUGGUUUGAGUAGCCCAAACAGCUACCAUUAAAGAGAUUGUCAAAUAAAGAGAAACACAUAACAUUUAAGGGUAAUAGAGAGUACUUAGCAUGCUGAGGAAUGUUUUUCUCAUUAUGUUAAAAGCAUAUAUUUUUUGUAAUCCUCAGCUCUGUUUUUUAUUUCCUUCUGUAUCACUGCAUACUCAAUACAAGUAUUGGUAUAUUAAAUAGGGUCUUGGUAAAGAGAACCACCAAUAUUCUGAAGACAUAUAGACCUUUACUUUUUUCUACUUUCAGUUCAGAGAGAACUUUGUGUUUAGAGCUAAGACCUCUGGGGAGAAACAAGUCUCAUUUUAGACACAGAUCUAUUUUAAAGAGCUACUUAGGGACAUAAUUUUCUCUGGUUCUAAACAAUGGGCUCAAGUAAAAACCUAACCACAUGCUAUAUAAAGUGACUAUUUCACAAACACCAAGUUAGUAGCUGCCUAAAACUUCAGAUGCCUACAUGGCUGGGUAGGUAAUAUAAAUAUGUUAAAAAGGCAAAGAUAAUUUUUAAAUUAAGAAAAAUA